UGCUAGUCGUUUAUUAAAAUAUUAGUUAAAUGCACAAUUUCUAGAGGAACCGAAGUUUAAAAAGUGAACAUGUUUUUUUUAAUAAACAAUUUAACGAUAUUUGUUAUAACUAUAAUCGUUAUUUUCUGCAAACCGGAUGAUGAUGUAAAAGAAUGUAUAAAUGAACUGAUUAAUGUUGGAUUCGAUAUAAAUGAUAAUGGAUUUAAUAAUUUAUACAAAAUAAAUACAUUUUUGAUUUACAAUCCCAGACGUCGUUUAGACAAAGAACAAUUAAAAGACUACAAACAAAAUGUUAUAUCACAUAUUUCUUACGAAUUUCCCAAAAAAACUGAACAGAAAAUCGUUUAUGGAAAUUCGUAUAUUAAUGAACUAGGGAAGCAUGUUCUAAACACAAAAAGUAUGUUGUCAAUUACAACUUGGUGUUCAAUCAAUGCAAAUACUACAAUGGAUGUGGAAGAAUUUUCAGUGAAUAAACCCUAUACACAAUUGACUGAAAAGAUUAGUAAUAUACAAUAUGCAAGACGUAUAGCACGUAAUAUAGGAAUGCCGAAAUCUUAUCAAGUUAUUGGUUUCAAAACUAUAAAGGUCUGUCACGAGGAAGUAUCUACUACUCUUGCAGAACUUAAAAUAAAUUUAAAUUAUUAUGCAUAUAAAAAAGUAAAACUAUCAUAUUACGAGUUGUACCACAAUUACAAUAACGUUCUUAAACUAGAUCCGCUAAACUGGUGCGCAAUCAACGUUUGCUAUGUCACAUUAACGACAGCUGGUUUUGAAAAUGUAUCAGCUGAAGAAAAUAUUGAAAUAAUAAAUCUUCUUAAGAAAACAAUAAGCGAAACGGCUGAUGAGAAAUAUUAUGACGAAGAUUCAGAGGAAAAUAUUUAUAAUAUCGUAUCACCUUAUGACAGUAGAAUUCUCAGUCAAAGUCAGUAUCCAAUAAAUUGGUGCGGUAUUAACGUUUGUUUCGACGAUUUAAUAGAGGCAGGUUUCGUAUAUGAAUAUGCUUCGGAUAAUUACGCACAUGUAUUCUCAGAAAUAUGCUUUAAUACAGAAACUCCAUUUAAUAAGUUUGCAAUGGCUUACUGUGGACAUUUGGCAUAUAUUGUGAAUUCGACAAAUAGAUAUGUGGUGAAAAGUGAUAAACCGGAUAGCGCUGUACAGCAUAUUCCUGCAAAUUUUACACCAAGGAACCCAUGGGACUUUUGUACACUUACUGUUAUAAAUCUGGAUGUUCCACACAACGCAGAGAAUUAUGAUUAAAUAAAUAAAAAUUAUAUUUAUAUACAUAAGUAUUAUAUUAAAUGUAUAACGUCAUAAAUUACCCUCACGAAAGGGUAUCUUCUGUUAUUUAUUUUUCAUUAUUUUAUAUUACUCAUCAAUUUACCUUAUU